AUGAUGGUAGCAGCGAGUAUAUCGUUAGUUUGGGAAGGAGUCACCUUCACAGAACCCCACGAUUACUCAGAACUAUCCACCCACACGCGGACUGCCAUCGGCGCUGGUUUGGGUGUUUGCUUCAUCCUAGGGACCAAGGGAAUUCUAGAUAAAUAUGAAGACUUGAAAGUUGGUGGAAUGGAUGGUACAGAUGCUAGAAAGGCUCUGCUCGUCUUUUUUGUCAUGACUCUGCAUUCUUUCUCGGAGGGAGUUGGUAUUGGCGUCAGCUUUGGUGGCACCCAUGGGAGUGACCUGGGCGUCUUCAUUUCGGCAAGUUUGGCCGUACACAAUGUUCCCGAGGGACUCGCAAUUGCUGUGGUGUUGCUACCCAAAGGAACCUCCACUUUGACCGCGGCAUUAUGGGCCGUUGCAACCAGCAUACCACAACCUCUCAUGGCUGUGCCGGCAUAUCUGUUUGUGCAUCAUUUCAUCCCGAUUGUGCCAAUUGGACUCGGGUUUGCAGGAGGAGCUAUGGCCUGGGUAGCUGUGUUUGAACUGCUAGCAGAGGCCAUCGAAGACACUGAUAUUGUCACAACAGGGAGCGUCGCGUCCCUUUCACUGGCAACAAUGAUGUACAUUGUCGAGAAGAUUGAGGCCAGUGCUAAAGUGUAG